UGGAGCGAACAUGGCCCAGGCGGCGCGGGCGGCGCGGGUAGCGCGGGCGCUGUGGCCAGGCCGUUGCUCCCUGGUGGAGAGGCUGGGUGGGCGACCCUGGCCACAGCUCCUCGCGCAGAGCCGGGCCGGCUUCGCGGGGGCGGCGGGCGGCCAGGGUCCCGCAGCCGCCGUCCGCAAGGGAAGCCCGCGACUUCUGAGGGUGGCGGUGCUGGCCUUGGGGGGCGCGCUGGGGCUGUACCACACCGCGCGGUGGCACCUGCGCGCCCAGCACCUCCGCGCCCAUCACUCAGCGGCGCAGCUGUCCCUGUCUAGCCACAUGCAGCUGACCCUGUACCAGUACAAGACAUGUCCCUUCUGCAGCAAAGUCCGUGCCUUCCUCGACUUCCAUGCCCUGCCCUACCAGGUGGUGGAAGUGAACCCCGUGUUCAGGAGUGAGAUCAAGUUCUCCUCCUACAGGAAGGUGCCCAUCCUGGUGGCCCAGGAAGGAGACAGAUCGCAACAACUGAAUGAUUCCUCCGUCAUCAUCAGUGCCCUCAAGACCUACCUGGUGUCAGGGCAGCCCCUGGAAGAGAUCAUCACCUGGUACCCUCCCAUGAAGGCCAUGAAUGACCAGGGCAAGGAGGUGACUGAGUUCUGCAAUAAGUACUGGCUCAUGCUAGACGAGAAGGAGGCCCAGCAGAUGUAUGGUGGAAAAGAGGCAAGGACAGAGGAGAUGAAGUGGCGGCAGUGGGCAGACGACUGGCUGGUGCACCUCAUCUCCCCCAACGUGUACCGCACGCCCGCCGAGGCCCUGGCAUCCUUCGACUACAUUGUCCGUGAGGGCAAGUUCGGGGCCGUGGAAGGCCCCGUGGCCAAGUAUGUGGGUGCAGCUGCCAUGUACCUCAUCAGCAAGCGCCUCAAGAGCAGGCACCACCUCCAUGAUGAUGUGCGUGAGGACCUCUAUGAGGCUGCCAACAAGUGGGUGGCAGCAGUGGGCAAAGACCGGCCCUUCAUGGGGGGCCAGAAGCCAAACCUUGCUGACUUGGCGGUCUACGGGGUGCUGCGUGUGAUGGAAGGCCUGGAGGCCUUUGACGACCUGAUGAGGCAUACUCGCAUCCAGCCCUGGUACCUGCGGGUGGAAAAGGCCAUUGCCAAGGCCCUCCCAGGGCACUGAGCACCCCCACCUGGCAGAGAGGAAGGCCACAUCAGAGGCCAGCUGCUGGGGACCGGGCCAGCGAGCCAGCCCCUGGUGCCACUGUGUGUGUGUGUGAGGGGUGCAGGGUCAUUCUGCCUCUUUUUCCACCCAAGCCCCAAGGCCCUCUGCUUUUGACACUGGGCACCUGUAGUGCCCUGGAUGCCGAGGACAAAUCCCAGGUUUACUUACAGCUCACAGCCAUGCUGAUGGGAACCUGGUCACGGGUUACAGAGGAACCACCUCCCCUCCCC